GGAUGUAGUUUAAGUCCGGGGUUUGGUUUGGUGUCAGCACAUCCUCAUUCUUGUUCAAUUACUAGGAAAAGGUUUAAAGACAAUUGUUUGUAUUUUGCUUUAACUUCCUGACUGUAGAUGUCAAAACUACACCCAUCUGCAUCAACUCAUCAAAAAGACUUUUCUGUGAAUGUGUGUAUUCUUUAGCUCAGCACGAUCAGGGCUUAAAGGCAAGUCCUGCAUUUUAGACACUCAGUAUUUAAGCCUUGGGAAUGUUAUGAUAGAUUUGUAUUUUUCCAUUUGGUAACUUAGUAGUUGACACUAAUAUAAAAUAAAAUUGGCACACUUUAGAAAAUAGUUUUUUUAAAACUUUUAAUAUUUUCAGAAAUACAAAUCAUGGAUAAAAGACUGCUUUUCAUCUUCAUCACAGGAGCUCAGCUCAGCAUCGCCUUUGCCCAAACUCGCCAGUAUUACUUUGUAAACGUGUCUCUGGAUUGGACCAGCGCUCAAAGUGUCUGCAGACGUGAUUACACGGACUUGGCCACUAUAGAAACCACAGCUGAUGUUGAUGCUGUUCUUAAUACCAUGUCAAACUACACAGGCAAGGCUUGGAUAGGUCUCUAUGAUGAGCUGUACAACAGCUGGAAGUGGUCGCUAGAUGAAAGCAGUUUCUAUGGCGAUGGAGAGUAUACAUUCAGAAACUGGUAUCCAGGCUCACCCAAUGACCUCUAUGGACCACAGCUCUGCGUCAGGCUUAUUUCAGAUAAUACUGUCUCUUCGCGCAGAUGGGACGACCGUCAGUGUUCGGAUGUGCGGAUGUUUGUGUGCUAUAAUGGUACAGUGGACGGCACACCGUCUUUUGUUUUGAGUAACGUCUCACUGAACUGGACUGAAGCCCAGAUGUUCUGCAGGAAGAACUAUGUUGAUCUAGCCAGCAUAAGGAAUCAGACAGAAAAUGAUCUAAUCGGCGCCCUAAUAAGUAGUGGGGACAUAUGGAUUGGUCUGUAUCGGGACAAACUGUGGUCUGACGGCAGCCUGUCUCCGUUUCAACACUGGGCGGACGGUCAGCCCAGUUCUGAACCUGGUGUUCAGUGUGCUGCUACUGACUUUGUCUCAGGAAGUUGGUACGACGAAGGCUGCAGCCAGAGUUUGCCAUUCAUCUGUUACAAACAAAUUCCUCCCAAUGCAAAAGGUUUCAGGGCAUCAAAACAAGAUGAGAGCAGCAUCUCUCUGCAGUGGAAUAAAAUCAACAUCAAUACCAGCUUUGUUCUCCAGUUUAAUGGAUCUGAGACAAACAUCAGAGCACCAGAUGGAGAUGGACCAGUAAACUACACAGUUUCAUCUCUGACUGCUGGAACCAAAUAUACAUUCAGUCUCUUCUCUGUGUUUGAGAACGUCAGAAGCAGUGGAGUCAGCAUUGUAGCAGCUACAGCUCCUCAAAACCCAGAAGACUUCAGACCAGCGACACAAGAUGAGAGCAGCAUCACUCUGCAGUGGAAUAAAAUCAACAACAGCACCAACUUUGUUCUCCAGUUUAAUGGAUCAGAGACAAACGUCAGAGCACCAGAUGGAUUUGGACCAGUGAAACAUACAGUUUCGUCUCUCACUGCUGGAACUAGAUACACAUUCAGUCUCUUCUCUGUGUUUGAGAACAUCAGAAGCAGUGGAGUCAGCAUUGUAGAAGCUACAGGACCAAACUAUGUGGUUGCAAUGGACAUGCAGCUGGAUUCUCUGACUGAACUCUCAGAAUUGGAGAUAAAUGAUGCUUUGGCAGAGUUCUUCAAAAGACAAGGAAUACAACCACAGUUUAAUCUGAAGGUUCGUUUGGCUGCACCAUAAGCAGAGAAAAUCCAAGAUGAAGUGAAGACAAUGAGUUUGUGACAAGUUUUUUUAAUUGUCAUGUUCUCCAUUUAAAUUAAAGAAAAUGUUUUCUGUACAUAUUUUUCUACACUUUGGCUUUUAUUGCACUAAUGUAUCACUGAGUUCUUUGACACUUUUUAACUUUCCUCCUGGAAGCUCAAACAUUUUUUAUAUUGAGAUACUGGAUAUUCAUGCAUAUGUUUAUUAAUGCAGAUAUCCAUUUAUUUGAGAUAUAGUCAUGAUAUUGGAAAAUCUCUGAAUGAUCCAGAAAGCUGCUUUUGAUCAAUAACCAUCGGGCAACUGGAACAUCAUAAAAUGUAAUCUGUUUUUAAACCUUGCCUUGUUUUUUUGGUAGUUUUUCUUUUAAUAAUAUAAAAUAAUUUCAGACAGAUUUUAGGCCUGAUCAGUUGUUUCUUGCUGUACUAACUGGGGUUGUGUCUUGACUGAGUGCAAUAAAUUGAUGGGCCAAUGCAUGCCACAGUGGAAAAAGAAGCUGGGAAGCAGAAUCACUGGCACAGCUGAGCUGCAAUAAAGAGCAGCAGCAAAAAAAUCUAGUUAAGGAAUGCGGUUAGCCUGGGAAUUUCUUGCUUAACUCAAGGGAGCAGCUUUUACUUAUUAAACAUAUAAACGGGUGUUCUGAUUUAUUUUCUUACAUUCAAAACUAAAACACAAGAAGAAUUCACCUGUUUGGAUUUUCUUUUAUUCUAAUUGUCAUUCAACUGUUUCACAAUCACUUUUUGGAAAAUUUACUGUUCACCUUUGAGUUAAUGAGUAAAACCAACAUUUAAAAAAACUAUGAUCAACAUUGAAUUCCUGUAAAUCUAGACUAAAAGGACUAGAAAAGUCAAAAGUUGCUUUUGAAACAUAAUUUAAUCAUUAAUCUGAUGUGUUAUGACUGCAAAAUGUAAUGUUGUUGACUGUGAGUUCUGACUUUGUAUUUUUGUGUUUUUAUGAUGUAAAACACUUUGAAAUACCUUGUUGCUGAAAGGUGCUAUUCAAAUAAAAUUUUAUUGAUUGAUUCCAUGAGUUGCGCAAAGGGAAUAUUCAAAACAUCAAGUCUUUAAAAUGUGGGAUACAACUUUCUAACUUAAAGUGUUGCUUAUUCAGGAUGUCAUCCUGGCUGUGCCUCCAUUUUUGUUGCAGCUCUCAAAAUGUAAGCUUGAGGCAUUACAAACUGCAACAUAUGAGUCAACUUAACAAUAAAGUAGUUGAACAAUUGUUUUUUUGUUAGAAAUAAAUUACUUACCAUUUUUGACAACCCUUUUAACAUUUUAUUUUCUUAGUGUUGUCAGUCUACUGAUCUACAGUCGUUCUAAUCUAGAGAUUGAUUGUUUUGGGGAAUACUGAUAACGUGAGAAGAGCACUGGUAAAACAGACUGGGUUUCAGGAUUUCCUCAUUCUUUUAAAUCUGGUCACCCAAAACAAACACUUUUUUUUAGAUUUUCUUCCUGGUGCCUUUUUUGGCUGCCUCAAACAUUUUAACAAGCUGGAGAUCAACAUAUUUUGGUUGUUCAGGACUAUGUGGAAGAAACUGUACUUAAAGUAAGGUGAAACUUUUUAUUGUAAGAGUGUUAUAUAUUGAAAAUGUCCCCAUUUCAGUUUAUGACAAAAUUCAAUUAUAUUAUAAUCUAAUUUCUAAAAAAUAUUUGCUCAAACUAACAUCAUGCUUGUUUUCAAAGGCUUAAGCUAUAGACUACUGACUGCUUCUCUUGGUGUUUACAGGUGAGUCACUUUUGAUUCAUGAGGUUCUUACUUUUUACUAAUUUUACCUGAGCACUCUCAAACGUUCAUUUAAAAUUUAUAACACUAUCUGAUGUCCUUGUCUCCUUUAUGAUUAAUGUAUAUUUGAUUAUUGCAAUGUUGAAUUGUUGGGGUGUUCUAUUCAUAAACUCUUAGAAAUUUCUAAAACUCUUAGCACUGAUGUAACAUAAUAUAGGUUGUAAUUAAAGCUGAAUUAUGUUUUGUUUCAGGAAGACCUUUCAGGGUUUCUCUUGCCCAAACUCAUCAGUACUACUUUGUGAACACAACGCUGAACUGGACAGAUGCUCAGAGUCGCUGCAGACGGGACUACGCUGACCUGGCCACCAUAGAAAGCACAGCAGAUAUCAAGGCUGUUGAUAGAACUGCAGCAGAUUACACAGGUUUGGCAUGGAUUGGUCUGUAUGACAACCUUGUAAACUCCUGGAAAUGGUCCCUCAAUGGCAGCAGCUUCCAUUUUGAUGGAGAGGAAACAUUUAGAAACCGGCACUCUGGUCAGCCCAAUAAUCUUAAUGGAAAACAGCAUUGAUUUUUGAUAAUACUGUUGAGUGGGAGCUCAUAUUCUGGCAAAUGGGAUGAUCAAGACUGUGAGGAAGCUCACUGGUUUGCAUGCUAUAAUGGUGAGUAAGAUCAGAGGAUUCCUUUUAAAUUAUAUGGUAUAUGGAGAUGGGUGGAUGUUAAAGCAGACAACUUUCUGUGUAUAAAUUUCUUCCAAUUAACUGUGGACCCUAAAUCUCUCUCAGGAGUGUCUGUACUGACUAAUUCGCUAUGCGCUUUAGCCACAAGAUGAGCUAAAAUACAAAGUUUCUCUCUUAUUGACUGUCCACUCCAAGCCAGAUCUAAUUUAGUGUAAAACUGAAAAAGCAGCUCAAGACCAAAAAUAAAAAAUAAAAAUAAAAAUACAGAUUUACAUUCCAGUUGAAAAUCCCAACAAACUUCACACCUUAGAGGAUUUCUUUGCGAAGAAGUUUGUGCUGUUGGUGUUAUUUUAUGCUUUUUUCUGUUCAUUUCCAGGUACUGUAAAUGGUUCACCUGUUUACAUUUUAAUUAAUGAAUCGCUGAGCUGGACCUCUGCUCAGGCAUUCUGCAAGGAGAACUACAUUGGUCGUGCCAUCAUUGAAUGCAUGCAAAUUAGAUUCAACAGAAACAGCCAUUGUACAAUAUUGUUUAUAAAACCUGGAUUUAACAUGACAUAUUUUGCUCCUUUUUUAAAAUGUGCUUACAUUUUUCUGUGUUGCUUUUGUCUGGUUAGGAAAUGUUAAACAAGAAAGUUUCACUCUUUGAAAAAAGGCAGCAUAACAAGUUUCCCUGGCUUGGGAAACAUGGAAAAUCAUCCAAGAGUAUGAGAGAAUGUUAUUUGUGUUUGCUUAACAUUCUUGUUAAAGUACUUUUAAAUAUUGCAGUGUUUGCUGAGAAUUGCAUCUUAGAGUUUAUUUUAAAUAACUGGCAACAGCAACAUCUUUUCAUUAAUCAUCUGAACAUUACUGAGCUCAUACUGAUCUAUUUCUGCAGUGAACACGUUGAAUUUGCAUAUCAGACAAUCAUGAGUUGUACUAAAAAGAACACAUCCGACUUUUAUGGAAAAAUAAUAUGAUAAUAAUGUCCAGUCUAUCCUGUCUGACUGCUUCUGACGUCUUUUUUGAAACACAAAGUCCUUUAUUCACCUCCGCUGUCUUCUUCCAUUUUAGACCUGCACCCGUUCCCAACUUGUGAAGAAGUGUUGUCUCUGUAAAAACUAAAAAAUAAAAAUAGGUCUACCUCCCGACUGCCUAAUUAGAUAAAAGACAUUCAAAUCUAGUGGAUAAAUAUGUCUCUCUAGUUGUGCUCUAUAAAUAGAGGCUAAAAUACAAUGCUUGACUCAUUAUUGUCAAAGAUUAGAUUGGAGUUUAUUGGUCUCAGAAGCCAAAGGAAAAUGUUUUGUGCCCUAAAUUUAACUUAACUUUCAUCUGAGAAAAAAAAAAGGCAGAUGCACGAAUGACACCAGGAUCCAUUCAGCACCAGAACUGUCACAUAAAAGCUCAUCGUUAGCUCAUUUAUAGAAGUGAUCAGACUUCUCCACAUGGAGAUAGACUGACAAGAACAAUCAGCUGCUGUACAUUAUAGUUCUGUAAUUUUUUUUAUCUUUCUUUGUGCCACAAAAUGCUGAAGACUUGAGGCUAACUGCACAAUUUGAGACCAAUAUCACUCUGCAGUGGGAGAAAGUCAACAACAACACCAACUUUAUCCUCCAGUAUAAUGGCAUAGUGAAAUUCAUCAGUCCUCCUGGUGGAGAUGGAUCAGUAACUUACAGUCUCACCCCUGAAUACUGGCACUAGAUUCAUUUUCACUCUCUUCUCCAUGAUAGAGAAGAUCAGAAGCAGUGGAGCACGACUUACAGCUGCCACUGUUCCUUCUUAAACAUGGUAUCCUGCCACAGUUUUCCAUGAGGAUUAAAUCUGUCGAGCCAAAAGAUGAGCAGAGGAACAUUUUGCUGAAGAAAAAGAGCAUUUACAACCAUGAUGAGAAAAUAUCACAUUUUCAAAUUGUAUCAUGUAUCAGUCAUAUAUUAAUUAAAAAUCUUUCUCACAACACACUUUAUUAAGUCCUGUUUUCCCUUUUAAUUGUAUUAUUAUUCCUAUCUUGUUCUUCUGAAA